AUGUCCGCUGCUUCGAACUCGUUCCGCCGCAACCAGCUUUUCGAUGUGUUGGAGCAAAUUGAAGACGUCAGGCGCAAUGAACUUGUUAACGACAUCUUGGACGCCAUUCAAGAGCAUCAGAACUAUCAAGGCGGUCUCGGCGGUCUCGGCGGGGGUUUCCGCAAUGACUUUUCCAACCGUCGUCGGGGAGGCAAUGACGUUGACCAGUUGAUUGAUCUUGUGCUUGGUUCUUACGGUCGCCAGGGGGCAGAUGGCUGGGGAAACAACCGGUACGACAACGAUGUGGUCGGUGAGAUCUUUGGUAACCGCGGCCGUUACGGUCUGAACAACGAUCUUGAGGACAUUGUCGAGCAACUCUGCGGCAAUGAUCGUUACGGAAGAGAUUUUGGCAACAGGCCCCACGUUCUCGAGUACAUUGUCAAUCAGCUUGUCGGCGGCGACCGAAACAGCUUCCGUGGAAGCCAGGGCGGCAAUAUUCAGCAGCUGCUCCACCAGCUGCUCCGCGGUCGAAACCAGCGUGGUGGCUACGAUCAGGACCAAAGGCUCAACGAUGUUGCCCUUGUGAUUAUCAACAGGUUGAUUCGCAACCUCGAUGGUGACAACUCUCGCCAUGGACGCUUUGAACUGGACAUUCUUGAUUACCUGCUGAACAACUAUAACCGUGGAGGUCGCCAAGUGGACUUGUACCAAGUGAUUCAACGUCUCUUCAACGGUUACGACUCGAACUCUCGGCGUCGUUUCGGCGAACACGACAUUGUUAGGGAGAUCUUCCGUUUGGUCAACGAUGACGGCAACAGGUCCUUCUACGAUGACGACCAGGAUAUCUACCGUGGCCGUAAUUCGAACAUUCUCCAAAUAUUGCGUCAAUAUUUUCGAAACCAAGAGAACGACGAAGAAGGUCGGGCGACCGCUUCCACAGGAAUGACAAUGUCCAAGAAAUCCUUCGCGACCUCUUCGAAGGGCAAGGAAACCGCCGCCGAAACAACGGGGGAAGAUUCGGCCACAACGACAUUGCCGACCUCUUUGAGCAGUUCGGGCAGGAGGGCAGGCGGGGAAACUUCUUCGGCGGACGCAACAGGCGUGGCUACCAGGACAUCUUCGCCGACCUUUUUGAACAGGACGACCUCCAGAGAGGAUUCGGACGCGGGUACAACUCCUACGCCGGCGGAUCCCUUGGGAACCGCGGCUUCUUCGGCGGUAACCGCUCCAACAACCGCUUCAACCGCUUUGGUCGCAGCAGGUUCGACGACUAUGACGCCGGGAACUCCGGCCUCUUCAACAGUUUCAACAAACAACGGAGGUUUUGAUCUGGUUCCACUACCCGCUUCUGAAGCUCAAGGCACUGUAACCACUUUGGAGAACAAUUUUGCAACUGAACAACAGGAUAACGAAAGUGGGAAGGUGAACUCGGGCGAUGAUGAUGGGGAGGAUUGGUAUGAGUAG